GGCCAUGGUGCACUACUCCUGCCAGGAGCUGUGCCGCAUCCUCUACCUGCUCAUCCCGCUCCUGGAGCGCGGCGACGAGAAGCACAAGAUCACUGCCACCGCCUUCUUUGUGGAGCUCCUCCAGAUGGAGCAGGUGCGCCGGAUCCCUGAGGAGUACUCUCUGGGGCGGAUGGCAGAAGGCCUGAACCACCACGAUCCCAUCAUAAAGGUGCUGUCCAUCCGAGGCCUGGGCAUCCUGGCCCGCAGGACCGAGAAGAUGGCCAAGGUGCAGGCCCUCCUGCCGUCCAUGGUGAAGGGCCUGCAGGGCCUGGAUGGGAUGCUGGUGGUGGAAGCACUCCACAACCUCAAGACCAUCUUCAAGGGGCAGGGCCGGAAGUUGGUGGACAGCUCGGUCUACCUGGAGAUUCUGCAGGUCCUGCUGCCGCACUUCAGUGACUCACGAGAGGACGUGCGCUCCUCCUCCAUCAGCCUGUAUGGGAAGGUGGUCCAGAAGCUUCGGUCCCCACACACUGAGUCCAUGGAGGAGCAGCUGGUCAGCACCCUGGUGCCACUGCUGCUGACCAUGCAGGAGGGCAACGCCAAGGUGGGCCAGAUAUGUAUGAAGACCCUGUUCCAAUGUUCUUGCUUCAUGGCUUGGGAGUUGCCGAAAAGGGCUUAUAGCCAGAAGCCCUGGGACAACCAGCAGCAGACAGUGGCCAAAAUUUGCAAGUUCCUU